AUGAUGCAGCGAAUACAUUCCUCGCACUUGGGAAUUGGAGGAUGUCUUCGCCGAGCAAAGGAGUACGUUUUCUGGCCCGGAAUGCACUCUGAAAUUUCUCAGUACAUACAAAGUUGUGAAACUUGCCAGAUGUUUGAAACCAAACAACAAAAGGAAACCCUGAUACCUCAUGAUGUUCCAGACAGACCUUGGACGAAGGUUGGAACCGAUCUGUGCUCAUUUGCUGGAAAUGACUAUUUAGUGACUGUUGACUAUUUUUCAAAUUUUUGGGAAACAGAUUUCUUGGAGAACACAAAACCUACAACAGUGAUCAGGAAAUUGAGGAAUCAUUUUGCUCGCUAUGGAAUCCCAGACAUUGUCUGUUCAGACAAUGGCCCUCAUUUCAGCUGCAAGGAAUUUGCUACAUUCGCAUUGGAAUACGAAUUCCAACACAUCACGUCAUCACCAAACUAUCCGCAAAGUAACGGGAAGGUGGAACAGGCUGUGAAAUCUGCAAAGCGUAUAAUGAAACGAGCUCGCAACUCUCAACAGGAUGUCUACCUCAGCAUUCUUGACUUCCGAAACACACCAACAGAGGGAAUGCAGAGUAGUCCUGCACAGAGAUUAAUGUGCCGUCGAACAAAGUCGCGACUACCAACAACCCCAGCUCUUCUUGAACCAAAAAUCCCAAUGUCUGCACAUGCGGAAAUCAAGCACAACAAGCAUCAACAAUGCAAGUACUACAAUAGAAACGCAAAGGACCUACCUGAUUUAGAACAUGGACAGCGUGUCUGGAUAACACCAAAACGAAAUGAUCCAACAAAAUCGUGGACAAAAGGGACUAUUGCUAGCAAAGUGAACAUUCGGUCUUACGAAGUAAACACAGACGAAGGACAGUCGCUUCGCAGAAACAGGAAAGAUAUUCGUAUCCACAGAGGUAAAAACGAACAACCACGACAACCUGUAGACCUUGAUAUACCCGAUUCGAAACUAGAUGCAGACAACCCAAACACUGACAAAUCCGACCAGUCGAAGGAGUCCGUUCAAACACGCGAACCAAUAGUGUCCAAUGAAACACAUGAUCAUCCACAAAUUCAUAUUCCACAACACACCAGAUCAGGAAGGAUUGUAAAGUUACCAUUGAAAUACAAUGACUUUGUACCAACUUGA